AUGUCUAGCGUUCAAGUCCAAGAUCUAAUUUUCCAUAAUGAUCACUCUCUUGUAUCUGAUGCAGUAUUGAAUCAAGAUUCACAAUCAUACCUCUCCAUUAUAUCGCAUGAACAAGGCACCUCACCAAGUUGGUUACUAAACUCGUUAGUUGAGAAUUCGUUAGUUGGUAGUUCUAAUUUGGUAAACUCAGAAUUAAAGAGAUUACCUAACGGAAAGCACAGAUCCCAUGUCUACUUCAUAUCAUUUUUGCAUCCAUUGGAGUACUAUAGUUCCGGUUGCGUUAAGAAUGGGUUAGACAUUACAAAAAUGGAAAAUUUUACAUUUGUUGAUGCUUUUUCAAAAUUAUUUACUGAAGUGUUGACUGAUGAUGGAAGAGAUCAGGAAAUCCAGUUGAAGUCAUUUUUCAAAGAGAAAAUUUCUUCAGUCGUGACAGACCCCAAGAGUACUGUCUUUGUAGAGUUUCCAGAAAUCUUGUUAACUUCAACAUCAAUUACUUCUAACGUAUUGCUUUCAGAAUUAAACAAAAUUAACAAAAUAUGUAGGCAAUUAUUUAUCAUAUGUGGCCAAGAUUAUCCACAAUCGAUAGAUUUGAGUGUCACCAACCCAGGGGAUCUGAUCUUCAAAGUUUCAGAUUUUUUGGCUAAGCUUUACCAUAAAUCACAAUUGAAUAUCAAUCUAAUGCCCUUACCAACAGGCAGAGCUAAGGAUAUUACUGGUUGUAUAACCAUCAGCAAGGGGACGGUACCUUACAUAGGUACCAAUUUACAAGUUGUAGAAAGGGAAUAUAUUUAUUUAGUUUCCAAAGAUGGUAACGUGAAACUUUUCUUCAGAUAG